AACCCUUCCAGCUCUCACCUAGAGUUACCAUCAUGCGGACCCAUGACUAACCCUGCCAGGAAAUCCUCUGAGGUCUGGAAACCCACUCUUUGACCCAGGCCCAGGCAAUACCCAGUGAACAACCGCUGGUGCCCCAAGCCCACUCACACCGACGUCAGGAAGCCGUUCCCGAGAAAGGCGACGUGCGGGGGUGGGGGGAUCUCUUCCCGGCCCCACCCUUGAAAGUUGCAGGGAGUGGCACCCAAAGAACUUUCCCAGAUUGUUCUCUGUCACCGCUCAGGGAGGUCCGCUCCAGCCUUUCCCCGCUGAGCCAAUCUGCCCCGCCUGCCAAGCCCCUCCUUCCCUGCACCUUUAACGGCUGGGAGCAGAGAGCCGCGGCUGGGGUUCACUUCUCAAGAAGUCGCACCGGUUUUUCGAGCUCCGCUCUGCGCCUGGAGAGCCACAGCAGCGGGAGCGGGCGCCUGCGGAGCUAUCAUCCUCCGCCCUUCCCACCCUUCACAGAAAGGAUCUGCUACAAGACUGAAUGUGUUCACUGCUUCGAGGACCAGGGACCACGGUGGGAUUUGCUGUGCUGCCAUCUGCAAACAGCAGGUUGGGUGCUUCCUGGUGCUAGAUCAUAAGUGUGAUUUGCAUCCGCUGAAGGUGGGUUAGUAACAUCUUUGGGGGAAAGAAAAUUGCCUUCCUUUCCUGAAAGCGGUGAAUGUACAGCAGAUGGUUGUCCAGGAGGAACAGUAGUCCGAUGGAGACCCUCUAUGUUUUGUACUAGGAAACAGAAUCAGUUGUAAGAGUCCAUGUUGAUCUUGGCAGUAGAAUGAUUAAAAAAAGUUGAGUUCCCACAAAGAACAAGAACUUUACCAUCUCCUUUUUGAUCUGAAGACCGGAGGACAAUGGAUAUCAUAGAGACAGCAAAACUUGAAGAACAUAUGGAAAACCAAACCAACGAUCCUGCAAACACUUACGCAAGACCUGCUGAACCUGUUGAAGAAGAGAACAAAAAUGGCAAUGGUAAACCUAAGAGUUUAUCCAAUGGGUUGCGAAAGGGCACCAAAAAGUACCCGGACUAUAUCCAAAUUGCUAUGCCCACGGAAUCGAGGAACAAAUUUCCCCUAGAGUGGUGGAAAACGGGCAUUGCCUUCGUGUACGCUCUUUUCAACCUUGUCCUGACAACCGUCAUGAUCACGGUUGUGCAUGAGAGGGUCCCUCCCAAGGAGCUCAGCCCUCCACUCCCAGACAAGUUUUUUGAUUACAUAGAUCGGGUGAAAUGGGCAUUUUCUGUAUCAGAAAUAAAUGGAAUUAUAUUAGUUGGAUUAUGGAUCACCCAGUGGCUAUUUCUGAGAUACAAGUCAAUAGUAGGGCGCAGAUUCUUUUUUAUCAUUGGAACUUUGUACCUGUAUCGCUGUAUCACGAUGUACGUUACUACUCUCCCUGUGCCUGGAAUGCAUUUCCAGUGCGCUCCAAAGCUCAACGGAGACUCUCAGGCAAAAGUACAACGGAUUCUACGGUUGAUUUCUGGUGGCGGAUUGUCCAUAACUGGGUCGCACAUCUUGUGUGGAGACUUCCUCUUCAGCGGUCACACAGUUGUGCUGACACUUACUUAUUUGUUCAUCAAAGAAUAUUCGCCUCGUCACUUCUGGUGGUAUCAUUUAAUCUGCUGGCUGCUGAGUGCUGCUGGAAUCAUCUGCAUUCUUGUAGCACACGAACACUAUACUGUCGAUGUGAUCGUUGCCUAUUAUAUCACAACACGGCUCUUUUGGUGGUACCAUUCCAUGGCCAAUGAAAAGAACUUGAAGGUCUCUUCACAGACUAAUUUCUUGUCUCGAGCAUGGUGGUUCCCCAUCUUUUAUUUUUUUGAGAAAAACGUACAAGGCUCAAUUCCUUGCUGCUUCUCCUGGCCACUGUCCUGGCCUCCUGGCUGCUUUAAAUCGUCUUGCAAGAAGUAUUCACGGGUUCAGAAGAGUGGUGAAGAUAAUGAAAAAUCUACCUGAGGAGCAAAACAAAGGCAUCAGCUCUUAGACCAAAAGAGUUAUCGCUGUAACCAAAGGUAUAGUUUUGUUUUUGUUUUUAUUUUAGGAGAACUGAUUGCUAAAUGAAGCAGACCAAAUUUUGUGCAAAUGAUUAGAAAGAUGAACGAAGUAUUACCCUUUGACUGGUUUUUUAUUCGUCCUGAGAAAGUUACAUUCUCCUGCAGCUCUUCUUUCAUUGGUCACAAGCCCUCAAACUGGGAUUGUACUAAUGAGCUUGUUAAAGAGGUGCCAGAGAACAUACUACUCCUUCCCUCAUUCUUUCUCCACUAAAGCUCUCUACUUCAGAGUGAUGUUUUCAGGAAUUUUUUUCCCUCCAAGGUCAAAAGAAUUUGUUAAUGUUUUAAAUAAAAAUCUGAUAUAUACGGCCACUGUGUAAAUAGAAUCACCUAACAUUGAGAGUGAUUUUUAGCAUUAGGUUUAUCGGCGAGGGGGAGAUCCAUGGGUUGUGAGUGAACUUUGGGUGAACUUUGCUUCUGCUCUGUCAAGGGGAAGGUCAGGGUCAGGUCUGGCAAUAUGCGCUGCUGCUACCACCCAAUGUACUAUAUCACUUUCACUUUUUUUUUAAACUGAUAAUUUUAUAACUUAAAAAAAAAUGAACUAAGUAAGUAUAAAAGUAUUUGACACACCCCACAGAUUUUACUUGUGUGUAAAUAUUUCAUUUUAAGAUCUCUAUGACAGACAUACAGGAGCCAUGGGGCUAUUUAUGCUAACGAGGGGUCCUUCCGCUGUCCACCUGGUAACUUUGCACCUGUACCCCCAGAGCAGUCAACAGUGUAGCACAGGCUGAACACACAUAGCUGCAUGAACUGAUGUUCAUGCCCUUGUGGGGAACAAGCCUGUGUUUCUCUCCCAGGUCAUGCCCUGUGUGAGAUCUGUUUUAGAGCUGCAAAUUGGAACUCAGACAUACAGUUGGUCACAUUUCACUGAAAACCAUUUCUUCCUAAUGACAUUGUGCUUUAUGGAAAAACCAAGAUGGAAUCCAAAAGUUUAAUGCAUCCUUGCCUUUUAGCAAGAGACUCCGUUUCUUAUGUACUGGUCCUAAGGACACAUACCACAAUUGAGUAAUUUUACUUUGACCCUAAAAUUAUACCACGGUGCUGCACUCUAAUCUACGGUUGGAAUUGGUGUGUUAGUCGGUUACAGCUACUCGGUAAAGAGCGAUAAUAGUCUCUAAAGUUCUUUCAGGUGAUGCAAAAAAAAAAAAAAAAAAAAAGAAAAGGUGGAUUUUUAAAAAUCUGACCAGAUGUGGUGCAUUAUUUAAUGAUGUUGAAUCUUUUGGAUAAUUCUUGGCUUAAUUUCUUUAGACUUCUAGUAACCGUGGGACAACAUUCAAGGUCAUGAAGUCACCAACACUAGUCAGAGAGUGGAGAGGCCGGGGGGCUGGUAGGAGGCAGUUACAUUUAUACUGAAGGUGAAAAUUUCUCCCCACUUAGAAUGAAAAACAUCCCUAAAUUUGUCAUUGUAAACAAGUCGGCCUUGAUUCGGUACACAAAAUUGACCUUUACAUUGUUGGAGAGAAGCACAAUACAGAUCUGUUCAGAAGGGUCAUCAUCCUUUGGUGCUAAAAUUCUGUAUAUGUUUUCAGGAUGGCUCUUUCUCUGUGUAAAAAAGAAACACUAAAGGUGGAAUUCAAAGGCCGAAAGACAGACUAAUCUGGUUAUUUACAACAAGAAUUGAAACCCUAAACAUCCUUGGCAGGCUUUGAAAUGCAAGAAGUUUUUCUGGUAUUUAUCAUUAAGUAAGUCAGUAAGAAAGGUGUGUAGCUUACCUGCUGUGUUUAGCUAUAAUUCUACAUAAUUUUCACUUAUUUUCAUUUGUUAAAUAUUGACAUCUGCGAUAAGACAAUGUGUUCUACUUGAAAACACUGAUUUUAAAUUUCUGCUGUCUAAUUGUGAGGAAAAGUAUCUGAUACGGAAGCCUGGGUUUUGCUCUCCUAACAUUGGUAUAUUCCUUGAGCCUCGAAUUCAAAUAAAACAACCCUGAUAUACCUUAGAGCCUUAUUCAGCUGCAUCUUAGAUAACCCACUCUUCUUCAAAUUAAGUGAAGGAAAGGUGUUUAAAAAUCAUGGAGAUCCUUGAUUGUUGGAGAUCCUUGAAAACAGUAUAAACCUUGCAUUUUAGUCAAAUAAUCCUGUUUUUUUUUUUUUUUUUCACAUAAUACCAUCACCUUUUAAAGAACUUUAAAAACAUCUAUGACCCCAUUUGUGGACACUACUGCUCUCGUGUUCUUUACUGUAUAUGUCAUAGCUCUCUAAUAAAUGCUGUGGAAGCAUGUGCUAUGAAAAUAAGGGGGUGGGGAAUAUCAAAGUUUCAAGAUGGGAAAAUAAGAGAAAUAACAAAACCCAUUUACAUUUAGGAAAGCAAACUUCAGUUUCAACCCAACAUGCCACCUUGGGAUAUAAAACAUAAACAGUUACUAGACUUACUGUGGUGAUCAUUUCACAAUAUAUACAAGUAAAUCAUUAUGUUGUAUACCUAAAAUUAAUAUAUGUCAAUUAUACCUUGAUUAAAAAAUCAUAAUUAUGAGCUUGCCUUUUGAAACAAUAAAUUUUUGGAACUCCUUUUCCUUGCUAAUCAAUCUAUAAGAUCUUAUCUGUUAUCCUUGUUUUUGUAAGCCAGUGCUCCUGUUUGAAGCUUUUUCUGUGAUUAAGUCCUCGGUGCAGUAUUUCUAUAAUAGAUAAUUUCUGUAAAUUAUGCCACAUUUUUUGCUAAAUUCUUUCAAAUGAAAAUAAAUUCCUUUCAGAUUCUAUUUUUUUGAUCUCCUCCACUAGCUCUGAAAAUAAAGCCUUCUUACCUACUCAGUUCCACCCAAAGUAAUUUAGAAUUUGUUAUUUAAUUUACUGGCAUCUUGGGAAACAAGUUUUGCUGCGGAAGGAAGGUGGUUGUGAGUUUCUAGUCUUGGUUGAUGGAUGAUAUUGCAAAGGUUCUUUGCUGUAUAGCAGUGCCCCCUUGUGGAAAUACCUUAUAUGACUUGGAACACAAACGCCACUUUUUAAAGUGUAUUUUCGAGUUUUGAAAGGCAUUUUUAAAAUUAUUUUUGUCAAUAAUCUGAAAGCAUCAUGCGAAAGGAUAAUUAUUUUAAAGGCAUUUUAAACCUUUCCCAAAGGGAAAAUGUGCUUAGAUCACAGGGGUUGCAAUUCUAAUCUGUUAUACGUUUGAUCAAAGAAAACUUGCGAACCGUUUUUACCUCUCACCAUCACAAUCAUUAAUGUCUCCCUUUAUAACUGCCUAUACUUUGUUUACUUUGAAACACCAGGUUGGCUGUCUUUCUAAUUUUUUUUUUUUUUUUUUACAUGCUAGAACUCAUGCAGUUUCUUUUUCUGUCGAGAGUUCACAUCUUGUUCCUUGAAUAUUUUGAACAUUUCUUUUAAAAUUAUUUUAUAAAAUUUUUUUGUUUUGCACUGUAAAACUGAUUAAAAGUUUAAGCUGGUCUUAACACACUCACUUCUGUAGUGUAAGGAAGUAUGAGAAGGAAUUCCUUAAUAACUGAGUUUACAUGGUUAAAUCAAGCAUAUUAUAGUUAAUAUGCCCUGUGUUAAAGGCUUUUCUAUUUGUAUGUGUAAAGAGUCCUUUUUUUUAAUGUCAUUGUGUUGCAAUAAUUUAACUCCUUUGACUUACUUGCUAAAAAUAUUUCUUCUAUCAAGAAAUGCUCUUGACUUCAAUACCUAAACACUGAAAAUCUUGUCAAAAGGUACCCAAAGAUAAGUUUUUAUACAGAUACACACCUUAUAAGUUGUGACUUAUUUUAUGAUUCAUUAAUCUAAAUAUGUUGUGUUCUGAAUGAAUCAUGAAUGAGAAUAGUUCUUUAUUGCAGAAUUAUUUAAAACUGUCCUUUAAAAGAAAAAGAAGAAACUAUAAACAUAUAAGUUAAUCUAGUUGCCAAGUUGGAAUUCAUUAUUUAAUUUACCUCCUAUGCAAUGAUUAAUGCUGCAAAAUGUAUGGUUAUGUUAGAGUAUAUUCACAAAAGAAAUAUUAUUACAAGGUUUGAGAGGUAGCCAAUUGCAUCUUUUGGAAAUUUACUGUACUGUUUCAGUGUGUUAAGUGCCUUGUUGUAAAGUAAAAUUUUAAGUCUAGAAUUCAUUAUUUUCCUGACAUAUAUUUUUCAUUAUCAUAUAUACUGUAUAUUAUUGUAAUAGUUUUAUUAAAUGCUUAAGUUUUGAUUAAAUAUGUAAAUUUCAGAAGCUCUUUUCCCCUACCCACCAGUACCGUAAUAAUUGGUCUAUCAUAUGGGAUUUGAAUUCAGGUUCUUUUUUUAAAAAGGGGAAAUUAUCUUAGUUUAGAAAUAUGUUUUCCAUGCUUGUGCAUUUGUGUUUACAAAAACAUUUCAGGAGGAAAUUAAGAGUGUAACUAUAGUUUGUACUUCAAAAUGCCAUUUUACAUUUACAUUUUAAGUGCCUAAUUGUUAGUUAAAACUAAUUUAUGUUUCUAUUCUAAAGAGAAUGUGUCUACUUGGUUUCUAAUCUCUUUGGCUUUGCUUAAAAAAAUAAAAGAGCAAGGGCCUAUACUUUGU